CUCUCUCUCUCUCUCUCUCUCUCUCUCUCUCUCUCUCUCUCUCUCUCUCUCUAUCUCUCUCUCUCUCUCUCUCUCUCUCUCUCUCUCUCUCUCUCUCUCUCUCUCUCUCUCUUUCAUAUGAAACUCUAACGUCUUCAGAGCCAAACUCUCCAUAGAAGUUUAAGCUCCAGCUUCAGAAGUGCGCAGGGGAGUCGAGGAGGACACGAAAGACUGCAAAGACGAAACUAAAACAAACCCAAGAGAGGCGGAGUGCGUCAGGGAAUGGCGAGGAGGCGGAAUGGUCCCCCAGCCGAGUUGCACAUGUGAGCCCGGAGGCCACCGGUAGCGCUUCUCUAACUUCAAAAGGAGAGAAGAAGGAGACAGAGGUUGACUGAGAGCAGCGGACCAUCUCAAGUGUCCUGUCACCUCGUCAAGAUGAUGUUCCUGCCAGUUUUCAGCUGGGUCCUUCUGAGUGGAGUCCUGAGCGUGGCACCAUGGGGCGCACAGCGCGCGGGCGGACCAAGGCAGUGCGACGCACCAAAGGCGCAAAGUGACCUCAACUCUUUCCUGUGGAGAGUAAACCGUGCACCUCCUCAUCUACCAUCUUACUUGUUUGGCACCAUCCAUGUUCCCUACACCCGGGUCUGGGACUACAUUCCUGUCAACUCCAAACAGGCUUUCCACAGCAGCAGUAAUGUUUUCUUUGAAUUGGACCUGACUGACCCACUUACCAUCUCCAAACUGACCAGCUGCCAACUGCUUCCGCACGGAGAGAACCUGCAGACUCUGCUACCUCGAGACCUGUAUCGCCGCCUCAAACGCCACCUGGACUACGUGAAACAUAUGAUGCCCCACUGGAUGACUGCAGACCAGAGAGGCCGUGGCCUGUAUGCUGACUACCUAUUUAAUGCAAUUGCAGGGAACUGGGAGAGGAAGAGGCCUGUGUGGGUGAUGCUGAUGGUUAACUCACUGACAGAAUGGGAUGUACGUUCCAGAGGGACACCGGUGCUAGACUUGUUUUUGGCUCAAGAAGCAGAGCGAAUGGGGAAGAGGACAGGAGCAGUAGAGCGGGUGGAGGAACAAUGCCACCCCCUAAAUGGGCUCAACUUCUCUCAGGUACUGUUUGCUUUGAACCAGACACUGCUGCAGCAUGAGGGCGUCCGUGCUGGAAGCAUGCAAGGCUCCUACACCACAGAAGAUCUCAUUACACACUACAACUGUGGGGACCUUAACUCCAUCAUCUUCAACCAUGACACCUCGCAGCUCCCUCACUUCAUCAACAGGUCUCUACCUGCACAUGACCGCAUGACAGCUCAGCAGAUCGACAGCUACUUCCGCCAAGAACUCAUCUACAAACGCAACGAGCGGAUGGCUCGACGUGUGUCCACACUCUUACAGAGAAACCCCAACCAGACAUACUUUUUUGCUUUUGGUGCAGGUCACUUCCUCGGGAACCACAGUGUGCUGGACAUCCUCAGGCAGGAGGGCUAUGAAGUUGUCCACAUGCCUUCAGACCAUCAAGAAACAGGCACAGAAAGCAAACAAGACCCAGACCUGCCUGUAGUGGAGUCGCACCAGGGAAGCUCGGACACCGGCACAGUGCCCCCCACCAGCUGGAUGACCAGUCCACGGGUGGAGAUAGAUGACCCAGAAGAAACUGAGCUUGAAGGAGACAGCCUGCCUCACAUGCUUCUACCGGACAGCCUGACUCAGUUAGAAGAAUUUGGACGACAUAAACGGCCCAAAAAGGCUCACCGUGGCCACGGAAGGCCCCGUCUCUUCAGUGACCUGUGGGUUCGCAUCGCGGAUGGCACAACUCCACCACCUAAUGUGAGGAUAAUUAAUGGUUACGUAACAGUGGAGUCUUCUUUCACCCACCAAGAACAACAGAGACGGGUGGAGAGCCACAGCACAGAGAGACACCCUGGUUCUCCGUCGUCCACUCUGAGUAGCCUCAGCUCGACCCCGCUGGUUCCCAGCUCACUCACACUGUCCUGCAUAUCAGCCUGGCUCUUAUCACACAUGCUGCUCACCUCCUGACCACAACACAACAAUAUCUGAUGGACAAACACUAUAGCAGAGGCAGAAACCUGAUGAACACAAAACAAGGACAGCAGAUGAGAGAUGGGGAGUCUCUUCAGUCAGGAGGACGUGUCUUCAAGUGGGACAGUCCCACUGUCAGCAGUCUCCAAAAAGAUAGUCUUUAACUGUGCUCAAACACAAAUACAAGCAGAUUGUAGAGGGAGAAGUCCAAACCUCAUGGAAGUAUUUGAAUAAAACGCAGAUCAUAGGAGUCCUUUGCCUAAUGAAUCUGUAAUAAUGUAUAGAAAAAUAAGAUUUACAUUAAUAAUGAGAAUAGCACAAUUUAACAGCAGUUAUUACUGUGAUGAAAGUAAUUGUGUGUGAGAUUCUUGAAGCUCAUUUAGCAUUUUGUAAAUUGUGUAUUUUGUCUAUAAAGAAAUGUAUAUUUAUUAAUUCUGGAAAUAAAGAGUAUAUUUUCUUGUUAUUGAUGAUAUUAAUUGAUGAUGAAUGAAAACAUAAAUAAAUGAA